AUGGGUGCUGCAGAGAAUGGUCACUUUGAAGUUCUCAAAUGGGCACAUGAAAAUGGAUGCCCAUGGGAUGUUUGGGUAUGCCAAGAGGCUGCCAAAGAGGGUCACUUUGAAAUUCUCAAAUGGGCCCAUGAGAAUGGAUGCCCAUGGGAUGAGAAUACAUGUGCCUAUGCUGCUAAAGGUUGUCAUUUGAACAUUUUGCAAUGGUUACGUGAGAAUGAAUGUCCCUGGGAUCCAAAAACCUGCUACUUUGCAGCCAAGCAAGGGCAUUUGGAAAUGCUCAAAUGGUUGCACGAGAACGAAUGUCCAUGGGAUGAAAUGACUUGUGCCAAGGCUGCUGAAGGAGGGCAUUUAGAGGUUCUGAAAUGGGCUAGAGAGAAUGGAUGUCCAUGGAAUGAGUCAACAUGUAGUUCUGCUGCAGGAGAUGGCCACCUUGAAAUUCUGAAGUGGGCACAUGAGAAUGGCUGUCCAUGGGAUGGGAGCACCAUCGCUGCUGCAUCCGAUUCCUACAAAUGGGAGUGUCUGAUUUGGGCACAAGAGAAUGGAUGCCCAGAAGAGGAGGAGGAUUGA